AUGUCUCGACUAUCAUCUUUGCCAGUAUUUUCAUCGGUACCUGUAUUACAAUCGCUGACAGUGUCACCGUCAAGUUUAUUGUCACAGACAAAAUCUAUGUCAGCGUCGCGAUCAUCAAAAUUACAAACAACACCCUUGUCACUGUCUGCAUCAGUCUCGAAACAAGCAGUGCCUUCAAUGUCAUUGUCAAACACAACAUCCACGUCAGUUUCAGAUUCAUUUUCAGCGUCUCCGUCGCCCACAUUCCUAACAGUUUCAUGGUCAGCCCUGAAGCAAGCAAAUGUACCUUCUUUUUCAGAAUCAAAACCAGAAUCCCUGUCAGUGUCACCAUCUACAUCCGAGUCCACAUUAAAAACAAUAACAGUUUUACCUUCGGAGGGAUUGUUAGAGACACCACCUCGGUCGCUGUCAAAACUAUCAUCGAUACCAUUGGUACCAACGGCAUCCAUGUUAGCGUCACCGUCAGCACCAUUGUCACGAGCACAUUCUGGACUAUCAUCAAUGUCACCCUCAAAAUCCAUGUCAGAGCAACUGUCAGGGUCAGUGCAUGUAUCUUUUUCGGCAACAUCACUGCUGACAACAUCUUUGCCGGGGUCGCUUUUAGUGUCAAAGUCAGUAACACUACCUAUUGUGAAUUCAGCAUCAGUUUCAGUACCAAAAACAGCAUCAAGGUUUUUUCCUCUGUCAUCACCAUUGUCCGCGCUACUACUGAUAACAGUGGCACCACCGGCAUCCACUUCAGUGUUUCUUUCAGUACAAUCUUCAACGGCACAAUCAGUUUCAGUUUCAUCAACACCAUCCUUCUCAGCUACACAAUCAUCAUUCCAUCUAACAGCCUCAUCAUCAGUAAAAUUAUUAAAGACUCAGUCAAUAUCAUCAGCAGCACCAGUGUCAUUAACAGCUUCGAGCUCAGUGUCACUAUCAAAACCUACCUCAAUGGUUGCUUUAAAAUUAUCGUUUCUGUCACCUACAACAGCUAUUUCAUUACCGAUAUCAGCAUCGAGGUUAGCUGCACCUUCAGCUUCAAUGAUAAUGUCCUCUUUGUCGCCAGUGUCACAAGAACAACUGAAAACAAAGCCAGUGUCUACAUCAUUGACAGUGCCUCCAUCGGAAGCUGCUUAUCCAACAUCAUCCACCUCUGUGCUGCAAUCAGUAUUCGAGCCUGUAUCACCAUCCUCGUCAUUUAUAGCAUCAAAAUCGAAGUUACCAUUAUCGAUGGCAUCAUUAGAAUUAACGUCAAUGACACCCUCCAUUUCAUUGUCAUUUAUAUCGGUACCAAUUCUGUCAUCAUUCAUGUCGGCAUCUCCUCAGGAAUUAUUCUCAGCGACAUCUUCCUCGAUAACUGUCCCAGCAUCAACGUCAGAAUUUCCAUCGGUAUCUCUAUCACUUGCAAAACCAGCAACCCUGUCAGCUUCACAAUCGAUGUCACCAGCAACAACAGCAUCGGUUUCAUUGUCACCAUCAGUUGCCGUUCCUGUAACACCAUCGGCAACAGCGUCACCGACAGCAUACAUUACAAUACCACCGACACCUUUGCCAAAUAGACGAUCAGCAUCAUUUUCACCUAAUUCAUCAAUUUCAGUGCCACCAAUAUCACCGGUGUCAGCAGUCGCUUCAUUGUCUGUAUUUCCAACUACUCCAUCACUUGCGUCGUUAUCACAAUCAGCAUCAAAUGCAGCACCAUCGGCAGUAUCAGUAACGCUACCAACAUCGACACAAACGAUUUCUUCGUACAAUUUAGUUGAAAAAUCUACAUUGGUGUCACUAUCAGUACGAUUGUCACGAACAAGUUCAGGAUCAUUGUCAAUAUCACAACCAACAUCCGUGUCGGGGUCGACGUCAAGGCUAAAAUCUCCAUUAACUUUGGCAACUUUAGCAACGCCAGCCUCCGUGCAAGGGUCGCUUUCAAUAAUUGCCCCAUCUUCAAUGUCAGAAGCUCUGUCAGCGUCGCUAUCACUAGAAAAAAUAUCAACCGUGUCAGUGUCAAAAUUGAUAUCCGUUUUACCACCGGUAUCAUUGUUGACUAACCGGUCAGCAUUAGUGUCACUAACACCAUCAGCUCCAAUUCCUGCUACAUCCUUAGCGUCAGCUUUACCACCAACAUCUAAUACAUUAAUACCCCCAAUAUCUGCUGAAGAGGCACGAUCAACAUCAUUUAAUACAUCAGGGACAGAUUCACCGGGAGCCCCUUAUUUAUCUGUGUCUCCAACUCUUUCAUCACUUGUGUCAGAAUCACAAUCAGCAUCUCUGUCGGCGUCAGUGUCGCUACAGACAUCCUCGUCAGUAUCACUAUUAGUAACGAAUUCUGCAACAAAAUUGGUAGUAAAAUCAGCAUCAGUGUCAGCGUCAACAGCAUCCUUAUCAGUGUCACUAUUAGCAUCAUUGUCACGAACACAUUCAGAAACAUUGUCAUUGUCAGAAUCAACAUCAUUGUCGGAGUCGACAUCGAGACCACUGUCUGCAUUACCAUCGCCAAAAUUAUCUAACACGACAUCCGUGCCAGUGUCGCUGUCAGUGUCAAGGUCAAAACAGCAACAGCGUUUUUCUUUGUCGGUGGUACUUCCAAGUGCAGAGUUAUCAUCGACGAAUUUAUCAGUAUCACCACUGGCAUCAGUGUCAAUAUUUCUUUCUGCCCCAGAAUCAGCAGCACCAUCGGUACUACUGUCACGAUCAUCAUCAGUGUCAUUAUCAACAACAAAAUCCUUGUCAGAAUAUUCCGCAUCAGUGCCAAUGACUAGCCCAUCAUCUCUGACAGUAUUAUCAUUGGUAUCAUUGUCUGCAUUACAAUCACUGACAGUGUCACCGUCAAGUUUAUUGUCACAGACAAAAUCUAUGUCGGCGUCGCGAUCAUCAGUAAUACAAACAACACCCCUGUCACUGUCUGCAUCAGUCUCGAAGCAAGCAAUGCCUGCAAUUUCAUUGUCAAACAUAACAUCCACGUCAGUUUCACAUUCAGUAUCAGUGUCUCUGUCGCUCACAUUCCUAAUAGUUUUAUCGUCAGCCCUGAAGCCAGCAAAUCCACCUUCUGUUUCAGAAUCAAAACCAGAAUCCCUGUCAGUGUUAUCAUUUGCAUCAGACUCCUCAUUAAAAUCAAUAAGAGUUUUACCUUCGGCGCUAUUGUCAAAGACACCAUCUGUGUCGGUGUCAAAACUAUCAUCAAUAUCAUUGGUAUCAACAGCAUCCAUGUUAGUGUCACCAUCACCACCAUUGUCACGAGCACAUUCCCGACUGUUGUCAAUGUCACCCUCAAAAUCUAUGUCAGAGCAACUCUCAGGGUCAGUGCAUGUAUCACUUUCGGCAACAUCAUUGCUGAAAACAUAUUUGCCGGGGUCGCUUGUAGCGUCAAAGUCAGUAACACUACCUAUCGUGAAUUCAGCAUCAGUUUCAGUAUCGCCAACAGCAUCAAGGUUUUUUCCUCUAUCAUCAUCAAUGUCCACGCUACUACCGGUAACAGUGUCACCACCGACAUCCCCUUCAAUUUUUCUUUUAGCACCAUCUUCAGCAGCCCGAUCACUUUCAGUUUUACCAACACCAUCCUUCUCAGGUACAAAAUCAUCAUUCCAUCUAACAGCCUCAUCAUCAGUAACAUUAUUAACGACUCAGUCAAUAUCAUCAGCAGCACCAGUGUCAUUAGCAGCUUCGUUUUCAGUGUCACUAUCAAAAUCUACGUCAAUAGUUGCUUCAAAAUUAUCGUUUCUGUCACCUACAACAGCUAUUUCAUUACCGAUAUCAGCAUCGAGGUUAGCUGCACCUUCAGCUUCAAUGAUAAUGUCCUCUUUGUCGCCAGUGUCACAAGAACAACUGAAAACAAAGCCAGUGUCUACAUCAUUGACAGUGCCUCCAUCGGAAGCUGCUUAUCCAACAUCAUCCACCUCUGUGCUGCAAUCAGUAUUCGAGCCUGUAUCACCAUCCUCGUCAUUUAUAGCAUCAAAAUCGAAGUUACCAUUAUCGAUGGCAUCAUUAGAAUUAACGUCAAUGACACCCUCCAUUUCAUUGUCAUUUAUAUCGGUACCAAUUCUGUCAUCAUUCAUGUCGGCAUCUCCUCAGGAAUUAUUCUCAGCGACAUCUUCCUCGAUAACUGUCCCAGCAUCAACGUCAGAAUUUCCAUCGGUAUCUCUAUCACUUGCAAAACCAGCAACCCUGUCAGCUUCACAAUCGAUGUCACCAGCAACAACAGCAUCGGUUUCGUUGUCACCAUCAGUUGCCGUUCCUGUAACACCAUCGGCAACAGCGUCACCGACAGCAUACAUUACAAUACCACCGACACCUUUGCCAAAUAGACGAUCAGCAUCAUUUUCACCUAAUUCAUCAAUUUCAGUGCCACCAAUAUCACCGGUGUCAGCAGUCGCUUCAUUGUCUGUAUUUCCAACUACUCCAUCACUUGCGUCGUUAUCACAAUCAGCAUCAAAUGCAGCACCAUCGGCAGUAUCAGUAACGCUACCAACAUCGACACAAACGAUUUCUUCGUACAAUUUAGUUGAAAAAUCUACAUUGGUGUCACUAUCAGUACGAUUGUCACGAACAAGUUCAGGAUCAUUGUCAAUAUCACAACCAACAUCCGUGUCGGGGUCGACGUCAAGGCUAAAAUCUCCAUUAACUUCGGCAACUUUAGCAACGUCAGCCUCCGUGCAGGGGUCGCUUUCAAUAAUUGCCCCAUCUUCAAUGUCAGAAGCUCUGUCAGCGUCGCUAUCACUAGAAAAAAUAUCAACCGUGUCAGUGUCAAAAUUGAUAUCCGUUUUACCACCGGUAUCAUUGUUGACUAACCGGUCAGCAUUAGUGUCACUAACACCAUCAGCUCCAAUUCCUGCUACAUCCUUAGCGUCAGCUUUACCACCAACAUCUAAUACAUUAAUACCCCCAAUAUCUGCUGAAGAGGCACGAUCAACAUCAUUUAAUACAUCAGGGACAGAUUCACCGGGAGCCCCUUAUUUAUCUGUGUCUCCAACUCUUUCAUCACUUGUGUCAGAAUCACAAUCAGCAUCUCUGUCGGCAUCAGUGUCGCUACAGACAUCCUCGUCAGUAUCACUGUUAGUAACGAAUUCUGCAACAAAAUUGGUAGUAAAAUCAGCAUCAGUGUCAGCGUCAACAGCAUCCUUAUCAGUGUCACUAUUAGCAUCAUUGUCACGAACACGUUCAGAAACAUUGUCAUUGUCAGAAUCAACAUCAGUGUCGGAGUCGACAUCGAGACCACUGCCUGCAUUACCAUCGCCACCAUUGUCACGAGCACAUUCCGGACUGUCGUCAAUGUCACCCUCAAAAUCUAUGUCAGAGCAACUCUCACGGUCAGUGCAUGUAUCACUUUCGGCAACAUCAUUGCUGAAAACAUAUUUGCCGGGGUCGCUUGUAGCGUCAAAGUCAGUAACACUACCUAUCGUGAAUUCAGCUUCAGUUUCAGUAUCGCCAACAGCAUCAAGGUUUUUUCCUCUAUCAUCAUCAACGUCCACGCUACUACCUGUAACAGUGUCACCACCGACAUCCUCUUCAAUUUUUCUUUUAGCACCAUCUUCAGCAGCACGAUCACUUUCAGUUUUACCAACACCAUCCUUCUCAGGUACAAAAUCAUCAUUCCAUCUAACAGCCUCAUCAUCAGUAACAUUAUUAACGACUCAGUCAAUAUCAUCAGCAGUACCAGUGUCAUUAGCAGCUUCGUUUUCAGUGUCACUAUCAAGAUCUACAUCAAUAGCUGCUUCAAAAUUAUCGUUUCUGUCACCUACAACAUCUAUUUCAAUAACGAUAUCAGCAUCUAGCUUAGCUGCACCUUCAGCUUCAAUAGCAAUGUACUCUUCGUCGCCAGUGUCAAAACAACAACUGAAAUCCAAUCCAGUGUCGACAUCAUUGACAAUGCCUCCAUCGAAAGCAGCUUAUCCAACGUCAUCCACCUCUGUGCUGCAAUCAUUAUUCGAGCCUGUAUCGUCAUUCUCGUCAUUUAUAGCAUCAAAAUCGAAGUUACCAUUAUCGCUGGCAUCAUUAGAAUUAACUUCAGUGACACACUCCAUUUCAUUGUCAUUUAUAUCGGUACCAAUUCCGUCAUCAUUCACGUCGGGAUCCACUCCGGAAUUAUUCCCAGCAACAUCUUCCUUAAUAACUGUCCCAGCAUCUACGUCAGAAGUGUCUAUAUCAGCCUCGGCGUCGUUAGCAUCAUCAACAACGGUUACAAUAUCAUCAUUGGACUCAUCCGCAGCAAUAUCUGUAUCAUUGACGCCUUCAUCAGUAUCAGAGUCACUCUCUCUCUCAGUGCCAUCUCCACAGCCUGUAAAAGUGUCAACUUUUGUGUUAACAUCAGCACCAUUUUCUCCGUCAAAAUCUGUGCCGGGAUCAACAUCAUCACACGCGUCAGCUGCCACUGAUGGACUGGAGUCAUCGUUAUACGAACUUAUAACAUCGUCAGUAAAACCGUCAAAAUCGUCGUCUUGGGAAUAUGUCACACCAGAUAUGAAAAGCCAUGGGGGUCGCCCAAGUAUGAACAGAAUUACAGCAACAAAACAUACCGUAGUACCAAAGAACUCGAAAACUACAACCCAAAUACCCACGACAACAAUACCGGCCAAGGGUAAGUUCUUUAAGUCUUGUAAAGUUUUGAAGGUGACAGUUUUUAAGUUAAACUAUGUUUCAAAUUUAAGCCUAAGAGCAAAUAACCCAUAUCUUUUUUUAUCAUUAGAGUACAAAUUUUCUUUAAUAACAAAUUAAUGUCUAAAUCGAUACAUUGUUUCUCAAACCUAAGCUCUACCUGAUAACUCAUUUGUAUAACUCUUACAAGAUAAAGCUACCAUCUCGGUCUUUUUCACUCACAGGAGAUACUAAGAGCUCAAAUGGUUCAAACAGCUUAGUACCUGGCGUGGCGGUGGGAAGUUUCUUUGGUGGUGCGGUCGUAACCUUAUUAAUAUGCCUCCUUGUGGUGUUUUUAAAGCGUGCAAAGAAGAGAAAAUCUCAAGUCUCUGACUUACCAUUAACAGUACGUAAGCAACCUUCAGGUGAAUCGCAGGUGGAAAAUCAGGAAAAUUUUUCCAAUGGGAGACCGCCAAAGGACAAGGGCCCUUUGCGAGACGGAAUAACGAAUAUCUGUAUACCGCUGACCUGCGUGUAGGCCGUAUUAAGUGGGUGUAAGAAAGUAUUUAAGUAUUACGUAUUAUGUCUGUUUGAUGAUUUUUAAUUGUCUUGUUAUUAUUCUAUACCUCAG